GGCUCCCGCCUGCUCUGGGACAGAGCCCUCCCGAGGCUCCCGCCUGCUCUGGGACAGAGCCCUCCCGAGGCUCCCGCCUGCUCUGGGACAGAGCCCUCCCGAGGCUCCCGCCUGCUCUGGGACAGAGCCCUCCCGAGGCUCCCGCCUGCUCUGGGACAGAGAACUCCCGAGGCUCCCGCCUGCUCUGGGACAGAGCCCUCCCGACUGUCUGGUACACAGACUUCACAAGACCCCCGUUUGUCUGGGACUGAGGCCUUACAAGACUCCCACCUGUUCUAGUACUGAGACUUCACAAAACUCCUGCCUGUCUGGGACAGAAGCCUCACAAGACUCUCACUUGUUUGUUGAUGCAGGAAAUCACAAUUUGACUUUUUUUCUUUUUUUAAUUAUUUUUGUAUUUAUUUGCAGUGACUACAGACAAUUCUGGUAAAUCCAAUGCUCCUCUCCACCAGUCCAUCAUAUUUUUAACAGAUUUUCUUGUAUUGCCUCUGUGCUAUAGCUGGAGUCGGAUACACAUCGGCGGUAUAGUAGAUGUCACAGGUGACCUUUGAUGCUAGCUGGACUACCAUCCCCCACCUUUCCUUUUAUUAUUGCAGUUUGAUUAUCCAAUAUUAUAAUUUUUUUUUGUUUUUUAACUGCUUUAUGCUUUGAAAGGAAAACAGUUUUUGGCCCAGAGGAACACUUCUUUACCAGCAACAUAAUAAACACCAAUUAGAUGACUCCUCUUCCUGGUAACACUGGACUUGCUGCCCAAUGACACAUUUGUUGUCCUAGCAGAAAGUCACAUCUCAGGUGUCACUACUCCAAUUAGAGCCUUGUUUUUGUCACAUGUCCUUUUAAUACUCUGCGUUGUUUUUUUUUGUUUUUUUAUGAAACCCUUCGCAUUUUUUUCACUCUAAAACGGCAUCUGCCCUGUUGUAUUCCUUUAUCGGCAGUUUUUGAAUUUUGUGAUUGUAGUUUAAAGGAUUAUUAAUUUUAAAUUUUUUUGUUUUUGUUUUUGUGGGGCAUUUGACAAUGUCAAUGCCAGUUUAUAUAGCCAGUCUCUAUUUUAGUGUAGCUCUCUAAAGUUUUUCAGAAGCAAACUGAAUAGGAAAUUAUCAUAAUUCCAAUCUAUGAUUCUCACUGUAGUUAUAAAUCUAUAACUGUCAUUGUGGUUAGGAAUUUAUGAUUAUCAGCACAAUUAGGAUCAAUUUUCUUUGUUAAAUUUGCUUAGCCUUUAAAUCUGGACAUAGUUCCUCUUAACAGCCUGAAUUCAUCUACGUGUUUAGCCGUAGAUAGAAGAUGAGCACCCAGGGGGCGACGACUGAAAAAUCUGUUGUAGCCGGGUUGACGUGCCAAGAAAACUUUGCCUGUUCUGGCAAUAAUGAAGCCGUAUUUGAAUGUGAUGAGUGUAAUACUUUACAGUGUCAGCGAUGUGAGGAAGCUUUGCACAAACAAGAGAGACUUCAAAAUCAUGAGCGAAACCGCAUACCACCUGGUUAUGUCCCCUUCUGCUCUGCUUGUAAAGGAGUGAAUACUAUGCACAAUAGCACAAACGGCACAAGACAACGGGCAGUGGUGAGGUGCGCCUCUUGUAAGGUUGACCUCUGCGCCGACUGUCAAAAACGUACUCAUUCUGGAGGGAACAAGAGAAAGCAUCCAUUGACCCAUUACCAAACCAUAAAUGCCCCAGAACCUCAAGAAGGAGGAAAGAUGGACGAGGAAAUUAGAAGAAAAAAGAUGACGGAGAAAGUUGUCAGUUUCCUUCUAGUGGAUGAGACCGAACAAAUUCAGGUGGAGGAUGAAGAUGAAUUUGUGAAAAAACUGGAUUGCAACGCAGAGGAUUUACUGAAAGUUGUGUCGAUAUUCGGAAACACUGGUGAUGGGAAAUCUCACACUCUCAACCAUACAUUUUUCUAUGGGCGUGAAGUUUUUAAGACAUCCCCAGCUCAGGAGUCAUGCACGAUUGGUGUUUGGGCAGCAUGUGAUCCUGUCCAUAAGGUUGUAGUCAUUGACACAGAAGGACUGCUCGGAGCUACUGUAAACCUGAGUCAGAGGACACGAUUACUGCUCAAAGUCUUAGCCGUUUCUGAUCUAGUUAUCUAUAGAACUCAUGCUGAUCGUUUACACAAUGACCUAUUCAAGUUUCUUGGUGAUGCCUCUGAAGCCUACUUGAAGCAUUUUACUAAAGAGCUGAAAGCCACUACAGCACGUUGUGGUUUAGAUGUGCCUCUUUCCACGCUGGGUCCUGGUGUCAUUAUCUUUCAUGAGACUGUACAUACCAAGCUGCUUGGUUCAGAGAAGGCUUCAGAAAUACCAGAGAAAGUGAUUCAAGAUCGGUUCCGUAAACUUGGUCGCUUCCCAGAAGCCUUCAGCUCUAUACAUUAUAAAGGGACACGUACAUACAACCCUCCUACAGAUUUCUCAGGCUUAAGACGUGCUGUUGAGCAACAGCUGGAGAACAACACCACACGCUCCUCACGCAACCCUGGUGUCAUUUAUAAGGCACUGAAGGCAUUGAGUGACCGAUUCAGUGGUGAGAUACCAGAUGAUCAAAUGACACAUAGCUGCUUCUUCCCUGAUGAGUAUUUCACAUGUUCUGCCUUGUGUCUAAGCUGUGGAGCAGGGUGUAAGAAUAGCAUGAACCACUCAAAGGAAGGACUUCUGCAUGAAACUCCAAGACGCUGCAGAUACUCGCACCAAUUCGACAACAGAGUGUACACUUGUAAGGCUUGUUAUGAAAGUGGAAGGGAAGUGAAUGUGAUACCUAAAACCUCUGCAUCUACUGACUCCCCAUGGCUAGGGCUUGCCAAGUAUGCUUGGUCUGGGUAUGUCAUAGAGUGCCCGAAUUGUGGAGUGAUCUAUCGCAGCCGCCAGUACUGGUUUGGAAAUCAGGACCCUGUGGACACUAUUGUGCGCACUGAAAUACAGCAUGUGUGGCCUGGAGCUGAUGGAUUUCUAAAGGAUAACAACAAUGCUGCUCAGCGUCUUCUGGAUGGUGUGAAUUUUAUGGCCCAGUCUGUAACUGAAAUGAGUAUUGGUCCUACAAAAGCAGUCACAUCUUGGUUAACUGAUCAGAUCGCCCCAGCCUACUGGAAGCCUAAUUCCCAAAUUUUGGAAUGCACCAAGUGUAGAACAUCUUUUAAGGAAAAUGACACCAAACAUCACUGUCGGGCCUGCGGAGAGGGUUUCUGUGACGGCUGCUCAACUAAAAGCCGCCCAGUGCCUGAGCGAGGCUGGGGUCUCUCUCCAGUGCGCGUUUGUGAUUGCUGCUAUGACCAGAGAGGACCACAGAAUGCAGUCGCCGAUGGUGGUGAGGAUGACGAAGGUAGCACUCUCAUUGCAAGGAAAGUUGGGGAAGCUGUACAGAAUACAUUGGGAGCUGUUGCUACAGCCAUUGACAUUCCUCUGGGGCUCAUGAAAGAUGCUGCAAGACCUACAUACUGGAUUCCGGACCAUGAGAUCACAGAUUGCUACAACUGCAAAAAGGAAUUCAAUGUCAAACUCUCUAAACACCAUUGCAGAGCCUGCGGUCAAGGUUUUUGUGGUGAAUGUUCAAAUGAUAGAAGACCAGUGCCCUCUCGAGGUUGGGACCACCCUGUCCGUGUCUGCAUUAAUUGCAGUAAGAAACCUGGUGAUCUAUAACCCUUUCUUCCCAUUACCAGCAGUACCUACUCAGGGCUAGAUAAUAAUGGAUUCAAUCUUCCUCCUUUUAGGCUUUUGUGCCAGUGCAUGCUUGACCUGUAAGCUGUAAUCUCCCCCAUGACUGUAUCGUCUUAUUAAACAAAAUGGCACCAAAUUUGCUCUGUCCAGGAGACAAUACAGCAUAUAAUCUGCACUUUUUUUUUAUUAUUGAAAGAAAAAUAAAGUAUAAUGUAAACUUGUUAAUCAGUAAGAAAUUGUCAUAUGCACCUUGGAUACUGGAUCCCAUCUUCAAUACCCUUAUGAGAUAUCCUUCAGUAAGAAGGCUGGAAUCACCUUACCCUUACUGCCAGGUUCAGUAGAUUAGAAUUUGACGAGGAUCCUCAACAUUGGCAGCAUCACAUUAUGUUUAAAUUUGAUUACAUGGAUAGAAAUUCUAGUGUGUGUGAGUGUGUGCGUGCGCAGGGGCUAUAUUUUAAAGGCUUUAUGCAUUCAUGUUCAUAUCCUUAGGGAGAAAAAAAAAAAAAAGAUGAGUUUGCCUUGCCCCAGUGGUCAUUUAGCUAUUGUAACAAAGAUUAUUCAGGUGAAUGUUUGUGUUGCUAUGUAUGAACAUCAAGCCAAAUUUUCAUAUUUAGAAAUGUAUAUUUAUUGCCCAUGUUCCCAGAAUAUAUAAACCAAUAUAAAAAAAAAUACUUGAAUCAUGGUUUUUAGUAUAAAAAUAUACUCCAAGGUGGACUUCAUCCUAAAAA